GCAAAUUCUGAGUUAUCUGAAAAUCCAAAAUGGAACCCUCAUCAGGUCAAAUGAAGGACAAAGAUUUGUUCAAAGGUGCUGAAUGUGGUGAUUAUUCAUUCUUCAAAUCACUUACAGAAGAACAACUCCUCAAUGCCCUUUCUCUUCGUAAUGAAGAUGCUCGUUCUCUCCUUCACGUUGCUGUCUCUAAUGGACACUCCCAGGUGGUGAAGAUUCUUGCAGCUGCUGAUCCCUCAGCGAGUGGUAUAAAUAGUGGUGAUGAAGAAGGUUGGGUCCCAUUGCACUCUGCAGCAAGCAGUGGUAAUGUGGAAAUUGUGGAGAUUCUGCUCAGCAGAGGUGCUGAUGUAAAUCUGAAAAAUGAUGGUGGCCGCACUGCUCUUCACUAUGCUGCUAGCAAGGGUCGAGUGAAAAUCGCUGAACUUUUGAUUUCACAUGGUGCUAAAAUCAAUGCAAAAGACAAGGUAGGAUGCACCCCAUUGCAUCGUGCAGCUAGCACGGGGAACUCUGAGCUGUGUGAACUAUUAAUUGAGGAAGGCGCUGAAGUUGACGAAGUUGACAAGGCAGGCGAAACGCCCUUGAUGACUGCUGUUGUAUGUGGCAAUAAAGAGGUAGCUUUGCUCCUCAUAAGACAUGGAGCAAAUGUUGACAUUGAGGGCAAGGAAGGUUACACUGUGCUUGGUCGAGCUUCCAAUGAUCUUCGCCCAGUAUUGGUCGAUGCUGCAAAGAUGAUGCUUGAAGGAUAACUCGACGACCUCAUAGCCUAUCAGAAAAUGCAAGCCAACUAAUUUACAGUAUUGUUUUCUGCUAACUUAAACAGAUAUGUUUCAUCCCCUGAGGAUACGAUAUAUUGAUAUGUACUAUUGACCUUUCAGAAAGUUUGAACAAGAGGUGCUAGGUGCAAAAUACAUUCUUCACUGUUUUUAAGUUUCUCUCAACCUCUUUAAUGUACAUUAACUUCUGUCCUUUCAGAAUGACCUCCAAGGCAUCAUUAAUUUUCUUGGCU